CGCUCUCCUCUGCGCCCGCUCAGCGGUCCUCGAGCUCGUCGCCGUCCUCCUCCCCUUGCUCCUCCUUCUCCUGCCGCUGCCCUCAGCAGCAGCUCCGGGAGCCGGCUCCUCCUCUCCCUCCCUCCCCCAGCUCUUGCGCCCUCUCCGCUAACUUUCCCGAGCCCGGGCGGGCGGCGCAGAGCUGCGGGCGGCUUCGCGGCCCACUGCAGACCGCGGGCUGCGAGCCGCUGUGCCCUGUAUCUCGUCCCCGCGCCCCUGGCGCGCUCCGGAGACCACACGAAGAUGCCCGGGGCCGGGGACAGAGGCGCAGCCUGGGCGAGAUGGCUGGGCACUGGGCUUUUGGGUCUCUUCCUGCUCCCGGUGUCCUUGUCGCUGGAGGUGUCUGUGGGAAAGGCCACCACCAUCUACGCUGUCAAUGGCACAGAGAUCCUGCUACCCUGCACCUUCUCCAGCUGCUUUGGCUUUCAAGACCUCCACUUCUGGUGGUCCUACAACAUCAGUGAUACCUACAGGAUUCUCAUAGACGGGACGGUAAAGAACGAGAAGUCCGACCCCAAGGUGAAGUUCAAAAAUGACGAUCGCAUCACUCUGGAGGGUUCCACUAAGGAGAAGAUGAACAACAUUUCCAUUCUGCUGAGGAACCUGGAAUUCAGCGACACAGGCAAAUACACCUGUCAUGUGCAGAACCCCAAGGAGAAUAAUUUUCAGCACCAGGCCACCAUCUUCCUCCAAGUCGUUGAUAAACUGGAAGAAGUGGACAACACAGUGACCCUCAUCAUCCUGGGCGUCGUGGGUGGGGUCAUCGGGCUCCUCAUCCUCAUCCUGCUGGUCAAGAAGUUCAUUGCCUUCAUCAUCAAGAAGACUCAGGAGAAGAAGAAGGAGUGCCUCGUGAGUUCCUCAGGGAAUGAUAACACAGAGAAUGGGCUGCCCGGCUCUAAGGCGGAAGAGAAACCACCAACCAAAGUGUGAGCCCCCGCUGGGGGCCAAGCGGCAGCCCGGGCCUCACUUGCUGAUGACAAACUGAUGCUUGAGCCAUGUCCGUGAACCCACGUGCCUGAGACACCUGCUGCUUGGCUCCAACUGUAGUCUUCCUGGGGAGAAACUGGGGUCCUGCCCAGCCUGCCUGCUCCCUCCCAGCCAGGGCUCCCCAGGGAUGAGGGCUGGCCAGGGGAGGGGGCUUGUGGAAAGUUCAGGAAAGGAAAGGAGGGCUGGGUGGUGUGGAGGGAGGUUCCCCUGACACCUGGGGUACAUGGGGUCUUCUUUAGUCUCCUCACCCUGUAUGAGCAAUACCUUGGUUUUCCUCCAGAUUUCUCUUUAAGAGAGGCUUGGGGGGAUCAUGAGGCCUGCCCUAACAGAUGGACCCCCAUGAAUAAUAGUGUGGAGAUCUAACCCUUUUGGUGGUGGAUGUGGCCUAGAAGAUUCUGUACAGGAUCUGGGGUGGGAGCCUACUGGAGGGGUGCUGAUAGUGAGAGGCUCUGAUGGAUACUGACCCCCCAGUUCCCUCUAGUAAGGCGCUUCCCUCCCUCCCACACAGGGUGUCUGGCAGCCCCCGAUUCAUCACCACUCCCCAGACCCCCGUUCCCCCCACUGCUGCUUGGAGUCUGUGAACCCUCCCAACUAGGGCUGGCCACCCUGGUCUUGGGGUCCUGGCCCCCCUAGCCUGCUCCUCUGAUCUCUGAGUUUCUAAGGGGCUCCUGAGGGGGAGCCUCCCGCCUUCCUGGAGCACUGGGGUGCUGCCUACGCCUUUCCUAGCAUUUCUCCUUGGGGAAGCAGGACUGCAGAGAUGGGAGAGCCUAUGUCCGGGACCUCUUGGCCCCUGGGAUGCCUACCCCAGCCCCACCCAUCCUGGCUGCCCCUUCUUGGCAUGGCCGGCCCAUUGCUGCCCCUGGGAACUCCUGAGCUUGCCUCCCCACCGCUCCUCUUUCCCUGAGGCAGCAGGUGGUGUCAUCUUGCUUGAGGUGUUGUUCCCUCAAAUCCUCCCCUCCUGUGGGUUCACGCCCACACCUCCCUUGCCCUUCCCUAUCCAUCAUACCUUCUCCCCUGGCCCAGGGUUGUUCACCUUCACCCUGGGGUCAAGGGCUUGCUUUCACCUCAGGGAUCCUCUUGCUUCAGAAGAGGGGGCCCCUUGGGUUUUUUGGUUGCUUCCUGUUCAGCUCUGUCAUCCCCUCCCCACCUCCCCCGGGGUUGGGGAGGAGCAGGGAGAGGGGGCUCAGUCUUCCUUUGCUUUCCUGAGAACUGGUUUGCACACCCCUGUAUGGGGGGCUGGACUGUGCCUUAGCUUGUCAUGUCCAGGCUCAUCCCCUCCAUCCCCUCUCCAGCCUGUGCAUGACAGCCAGCCCUGGGGUGACACUAUGAGGGGUUUCCCAACCUGCCUCCACCCAAGGUCAUGCUGGGGACCAGGGAGCUGGGGUGGUGCCACCCAUGGCCCCCUGGACAGUGAUGGAAUCUUGGAGCUGUUGGGAGACAGUGGUGGUGUCCCCACGGGGUGGGAGGGAUUAAGUGAGUGCUGCAGUAUUAGAGGAGGACUCUGCCAUCUGCUUCUGCUCACUUCCUCUCUGAUACUCUGUCCUUUGGGCCUGGGAGGGAUGGGAGGGCAGUAGCCUCCCUUUCCAGAGAUUUUUUUUUUUUUCUUUC